AUGAAAAAUGGACCAUUUGCCAUAGCCACAGAUGGAUCAGGUGACUCAGCCCCUGAAAAGAUGAACCCCCUAACAGUGCGCAUAUUUGAUAUUAACCGUGGGAUGGUAUGCACACAGUUCUUAGACAUGUGCAUGUCUUCUUCAUCAACCGCAGAGGGUAUAUUUGCCAAGAUGCAAGGUGUCAUGCAGAAGCAUCAAAUAUCCUGGGAUAAUUGUGUUGGAGUUGGUGUUGACAACACCUCAGUUAAUAUGGGUUGUAACAAUUCCAUCAAGACAAGGGUUCUCCAACAAAACGGAGCCAUCUACAUUAUGGGCUGCCCAUGUCACAUAGUUCACAAUACUGCAGCAGAAGCGUGUGAAACUGUAAGUAUAGUAUGUUAAAUUGUGACCGCUCAGUUGGUUUAGCAUCUGACUAUGAAGCGGGAGGUCAUGGGUUCAAAUCCAGGCCGGACCAACACAAACAGUCUUAAAAUAAUUGAGGAAGAAGGUCCUGCCAUUGCUCUUAGACCUUCAAUUAUUCUCGAGCAAGGACGUUAAACCGUAGGUUAAGCCUUUCUACCGAAAUGUAACUAUUUCUCUUUUAUAAAGGUUUCAAAAUUUAAUGUUGAAGAUCUUGUGAUAGACAUCUUCUUUUGGUUUGACAAAAGUACGAAAAGAAAGGCAUGUCUGAGUGAAUAUUGCAGUUUUUGUGACAUCGACUACAGACAGAUUGUGAAACAUGUGAACACCAGAUGGCUUAGCUUAGACCGAGCGGUUGGUCGUGUACUACUACAGUAUGAUGCUCUUAAGAGCUACUUUUUGUCUGAAG